GUGAAAGUAUUUGGUUUCUCCUCUUCCUUCCUUCCCUCAGUCUUAAAUAUCUCAGAAAAUUUCUAAGCUCUGGUGUUUCGUCCGUCUGUUCUUCCACAGAGUGUAUAGACUAUGGAGUCCCCACUAGUCUUCUUUGGACAAAAACAGAAAUGAAAUCCCAACAAGGUAUCAUAAUUGACAGAGAAGGGUGGAGGGGUGAAGAAGAAGAAGAAGAAGAAAAAGGCUAACUUGCAGAACUUGGUAAGACCCUGGAGCUCUCUCUCAUGUCUCUCCUUCGUUUAUUGAUUUUGCUCAUCGCGUUGGGUUUCAACUCUGGUUUCGUAAUUGCGCUCGAAUUCCGACAUCGGAGACUUGCAGACGCUCCCUGUCCUUUGAAUUUCGAGGCUUUAAGAGAACUCGUCGGUUCGAACCAGCUCGACCUUCCUGAUGUCUCCGCGAAGUGUCAAUACGUUCUUCAAGGUCUCCGUUUCGUUGAGUCUCUGUAUCUUCAAACCACUGGGUUCUUUCUUCCUCCGGUAAAUGCCUCUGAGUCUUGUUGGGAGUCUUACCAAACCUUAAUCAAUGAAAUCAUCCCCAAUUUCGACAUUCUUAUCUCUUGUGGCUUCCAGACCAGUUGGAUUUCGGAGGGUUGUAUGAAUAUUAGGUCUCUUUCGCAGUUUGAAUCGAUAGUUCCAGAGUCCUCUUUGCUGGAUGUCCGGCAUUCCUGCAACCAGUCCCUUGAGAAUGGAUCUCCCUGUGCUUCGUGCACCACAAGCCUGUCGAGACUCCAGGCAGCUUACCUGCGCGGCACUCAAGUUGGGAACGUCUCGGUCUGUGCUGGGUACCCGUCAAUCUAUGGUGCCGGUUACGUCAAUCGGUUUGGGCCGAAAGACAAAGGGACUGCCAUGUGUUUGUUCUCUCUAAAUUUCUCUUCCUCUGCUUCUAGCAACAUCAGACGCAAGACCCUUAUUUCUGGGGUUGUGAUAGGCGGUUGUGUUGGCUUUCUGGGUGCAGUUGUUGGCUUUUGGUUUUUAAGGAGAAGGUAUAAGAAACAGCGGAGUAGGAGGAAGGUGUUUGUCAAUACUCCUAGGAUGAGUUCAUUUUCGGGUUUGAAAUUGAUUAGCGAGAGUACGACUCUUAUCAAGUUCUCGUUCGAUGAAAUCAAACAGGCUACGAGGAAUUUUUCUAGGGAUAACAUAAUUGGCAAGGGAGGCUAUGGGAAUGUUUAUAAGGGAAUUCUACAAGACGGGUCUGAGGUUGCAUUGAAGAGGUUUAAGAACAGCUCUGCUUCUGCCGAUGCCAGCUUCACCCAUGAAGUUGAGGUUAUUGCCAGUGUGAGGCAUGUAAACCUUAUUGCUCUCAGAGGAUACUGCACUGCCACUACUCCUUUUGAAGGCCCCCAGCGGAUAAUCGUGUUCGAUUUGAUGAGCAAUGGAAGUCUCCAUGACCAUCUGUUUGGAUCUAUAGACAAGAAGCUUAGCUGGCCAAUCCGUCAGAAAAUUGCACUUGGGACGGCGAGGGGCUUGGCUUACUUGCAUUACGGGGCACAGCCAGCCAUCAUCCACAGGGAUAUUAAGCCUAGUAAUAUCCUGUUGGACGAGAUGUUUGAGCCCAAAGUGGCGGACUUUGGUUUUGCCAAGUUGACACCAGAGGGGAUGACCCAUCUGAGCACCAGGGUGGCGGGGACACUGGGUUAUGUUGCCCCUGAGUAUGCCCUGUAUAGGCAUUUAACCGAGAGAAGUGAUGUUUACAGCUAUGGGAUCGUGCUUCUUGAACUUCUGAGUGGAAAGAAGGCAAUUGUUAGUACUAAUAAUGAUGGCCGUACCUCCCUUGUGGCGGAUUGGGCUUGGUCUCUGGUGAAAAUAGGGAGAGCUUUAAAUGUCAUCGAAGACGGCAUGCCUGAGUUGGGUGCUAAAGAAGUCAUGGAGAAGUACGUCCAUGUUGCUGUUCUUUCUUCUCAUCCGCAUUUAUAUGCUAGGCCAACUAUGGAUCAGAUUGUGAAGAUAUUGGAGACUGACCUGCCAGUUCCCUCAAUACCAGAACGCCCUAUUCCUCUUGUAGCGGAGAUUGGUGCUACUGAUAUAUCAGUGAAUGGUAAUAGCUCAAGUCAGUUGUCUUCUCUACCAGAAAAAAAACUGGUCUAGUUCUGCUGGCUACCAGUCUCAUCAACAAUCCAAGUUCUGAGAAGAGGAAAUCUCAGUACUGGAGAACCAUACAAAGUAGUAAGAUGAUUUGACAUUAAUUGAUCAUCACCAACUCUCCAUUAAUUUCUUGCUUCUAUACCUGGUAUGCUUGCCCUGCUUUAUUUGUUGGAUUGUAGAUUGAUUUUUUCACAAACAGGGAAUUUUAGCUGUCUGUUGUAAAGACACAAUACAAUGUUAAGAGAAGUAGUGCAUAAAUUGGAGAUAUUUUCAUAGUCCAA